CCCACGUGUCACCCUUCAUCCUUACCAAUUUCAGCCACUUGUCCUCUGAAUACUACUUUCUUUGUCCCCUCCACACUCAAAAAUCCAUGCCCCAUUUUCUUCAUUCUUCCAUUUUUAAAUUUUUUUCUCUUCCUUGUUUUCUUCAUUUUUCAGGCACCCCUUUUGCUGGAAACACAACAUUCUCUUGUUACAGCUAACAGUUUUCUUGAUUUGUAUGACAUCUUUAGUUGUUGUUGUUGUUUUUGCAAUUCUUGAUGAGGGGUUUUUGAAAUUUAGUGUAAAGACUUGAUCUUGGAGCUAAAAUGCAGUUAAAGAUUAGAUUUUUCCAUUUGGGUGUGGUUAAAUUUGAUCAACAAAUGUUUAAAAAUGCAGAAAGAUGUGGAAAGAGUUGAGUUUGAUAGUUCUUUUUUGGUGUAUGGUGGUUUUACUAUGGGUGAUGCAGAUGAGUGGAGGAGGAGGAGAAGUAGAGUGGAGAUGGAGAAUCUUUCAUUGGAUACAAGUAGAGAUUUGUUGCAAAGAUUUAUGGGGAUUUCAGAAAAAUCUGAACUUGAGAUUGUAGAGGAUAUAAAUGAAGAUGAGUUGAAUCUUGGGUUGUCAUUAGGUGGUAGAUUUGGUGUUGAUAAGAGUUCAUCAAAUUUAUUGGUGAGGUCUUCUUCUAUAGCUGCUUGUUUGCCAACAGUUAGAGAUGAUGAUGCAGUGGCCGUAUCAUCAUCAUUAUCACAAUCAGUGAGUUGUAAUCCUAGUUUAGUGAGAACUUCUUCAUUGCCAGUGGAGACAGAGUUAGAAUGGAGGAAAAGGAAGGAAUUGCAGAGUUUGAGAAGGAUGGAGGCUAAGAGGAGAAGAUCAGAGAAAGUACAGAGGAAUUUAAGGGGUGAGAAAUGUAUGGAAGAUGAAAAUAGAGGGACUGAUCAGAUGAAUUUGAGAGGUGGUAAUAAUAAUAAUAAUAAAAAAAAAUUGGAGAAAGAACAGUUCUUGGCUACUGCAAGAAAGUUUGGUUGUAAGUUACCAACAUUGGCUGCUUUGGGGGCUGAUGAUAUGGCAAUGGCAAAAGGGAAAGAAAGUUACUUGCAAGAAAAAAAGAAACCAGCAUCACAAGGGUCAAUGGAAUCCCAAGGUGGUUGUUCUUCAAGUAUAUCUGAAUUGGAAAGCAAACCUGCACAAGGAUCAGCUGACGCAAGCCCUUCUAGUAUCCAAUCAUUACAUAAAGAUCUUGGAAGCAGAACACUAGGAGGAGAGGUGGAAACUAGUCCAUCUAACACAACGAGAAGUCGAGUGCAGGAAAGUGAGGCAAAAGCAUUGGGCGACAUGCCAUGUGUUUUCGCAAAAGGAGAUGGUCCUAAUGGAAGGAGAAUAGAUGGUAUAUUAUACAAGUAUGGUAAGGGAGAAGAGAUCAGAAUUAUGUGUGUGUGUCAUGGAAGUUUUCUUUCACCAGCUGAGUUUGUGAAGCAUGCUGGAGGCAGCGACAUCGCGAACCCUCUCAAGCAUAUAGUUAUAAAACCCAAUCCUUCUUCCUUUCCAUGAGGCACAAAAUGCAUCAUGCAAAACAGUAACUGUGACCCCUUUUUCCCUUUCCUUGUUUCUCUUAAUCUUUCUCAUCAUGAGGACUUAACUUAUAGGUAUGUAUUUUACUUGUGCACAUUUUUCUAAUGAAAUAUGGAGCAAUGGUAUUUGAGCAUUGUCAUAAGAGAUUUCAGGUUGCUGGUGUAAAAUUGAAGUUUACUGAGGAGUACUUAUUACUAUU